UCUGUUUCUAUUUCCAUUCCUUGUUUUUGUUCUUUCUUGUUCUUUCUUGUUAUAUUUCUUGCUGCUCAUCCUCUCAUCCUCUCCUCCUUUGGUUUCUUCUUCAUCUUCUUUCUCUCCUUCAUACCCUCUUUAUACCUGAUUCACUCUCUCGUUGGAUUCGGGUUUCUAUUCAACCCUAUCAUCACUCCAUUCGUUGGAUUCAUACUCUCUUUUGUACUUCAUACCACUCCCUUCGUUCAAGAUGCACCUUAAAUCCGCCGUCGCCCUCGCCCUCACCUUGGUCUCCGCCGAAGCCGUCCACCAGGGCUUCAACUAUGGCGCCGCCAAGGUCGACGGCAGCAGCAAGGUCCAAACCGACUUUGAAGCCGAGUUCAAGACCGCCAAGAACCUCGUCGGCACCUCCGGCUUCACCAGUGCCCGUCUCUACACCAUGAUCCAAGGCGGCACCGCCAACGACCCCAUCUCCGCCAUCCCCGCCGCCAUCGCCGAGGAGACCUCCCUCUUGCUGGGUCUCUGGGCCUCCGGCGGCGGCAUGGACAACGAGAUCGCCGCCCUCAAGAAGGCCAUCGACCAGUACGGCGACGCCUUUACCAAGCUCGUCGUCGGCAUCUCCGUCGGCAGCGAGGACCUCUACCGCAACUCCGUCGACGGCGUCAAGGCCCACGCCGGCAUCGGCGUCAACCCCGACGAACUCGUCUCCUACAUCGACCGGGUCCGCUCCACCAUCUCCGGCACCUCCCUCAGCGACGCCACCAUCGGCCACGUCGAUACCUGGACCGCCUGGGUCAACGGCACCAACUCCGCCGUCAUCGAAGCCUGCGACUGGCUCGGCUUCGACGGCUACCCUUACUUCCAGAACACCAUGCCCAACGGCAUCGAAGACGCCAAGGCGCUCUUCGACGAGUCCGUCGCCAAGACCAAGGCCGCCGCCGGGGGCAAGGAGGUCUGGAUCACCGAGACUGGCUGGCCCGUCAGCGGCAAGACCGAGAACCUGGCUGUCGCCAAUACCGAGAAUGCCAAGAUCUACUGGGACGAGGUCGGCUGCCCGCUGUUCGGUAAUGUUAACACCUGGUGGUAUAUUCUCGAGGAUGCCGGUUCCAGCCCUAGCUUUGGUGUCACCGGUGCCGAUCUGAGCACUACUCCUUUGUAUGAUCUCAGCUGCAAGGGUGGUUCGUCGUCGUCUUCUGCCAGCGCGUCUCACUCUAGUGCCUCUCCGGUCGCUUCUGCUGGUGCUGCUGGUGCUGCUGGUGCCUCUUCCGGUGCCUCUACUGGCUCUGGCUCUGGCUCCAGCUCUGGCUCUGGCUCUGCUGGAGUCGCGGCUGACUCCUCCUCUGGCCAGUCUGCCGGUUCGUCCGAGGGCUCGUCGGGUGGCUCUUCUGGCCAGUUCGCUGGUUCGUCUGCUGGUUCUUCUGGCUCUGGCUCUGGCUCUGGCUCCGGCGUUGGCGCCGGCAAGUCCGAGGGCUCGGCCUCGUCGUCGGCUUCCGUGCCGCUCGCUACUAGCGGUGCUACCCAGUUGACUGGGUCGGUGUUUGGCAUUGUUGUGCUGAUGGUUGCUCUUGUUGUGGCGGUUUAA